UCACUUUGUUUUUCGUUCCUAAAACCAAAGAAAAUUCACAGUUUCAAUACCAUGGAGAACAACAACCACCUUCCUGACGACCAUACCGGCAUUUCGCCGGUGCUGGAAGCAAAAGACGACGCAGAGCCAAAACUUGAUUCCGAGGCAGAGGAGAUCAAGAAUGAAGAGUCACAGACUGAAGAAUCUGUUCCUCAUUUUGACCUCAAGAAAGCUUCCGAGGAUAUCGACAAGUUUCUGUCGUCUCUGACGAGCGACGACGUUUCGGUGGAGGUUCCUGAGUUGGUGGAGAAAUACUUGGAUCUCGUGGAGCAGAAACUUUCCGGCGAAGGAAGAGCCAAGUGGUGCCAGGUUCCCGAUGAGGACUCGGCUUUUCUCGAGUCUCUGGAUCGGGUUUCCAAGCUGACGAAAUCGCUUCAGGAACUGAAAACGGAGGAGGAGAAAUCGGAGUCUCGUGGCUCUCUGCUCAAUCGCAUCGGAGGGAUUCAACAGCGAGCGAUGUCGUAUUUGGAAGAGGAGUUUCGGUUUCUUCUCGAGGAAUCAAAAACCGCAGAGUCCGAAUCCGAAUCAGCCGAACCGGAGGCUUUCCCCGGCUACUCCGACGACGUCGUUUCCGGCCUGAGCAAAAUAGCGAAGCAAAUGAUCUCAGGCGGCUACGAGUCCGAGUGCUGGCAAAUCUACAUAAUGUCGAGAAGGAACGCGUUCGAAGAGAGCAUCCAGAGGCUAGGGUUCGAGAAAUACAGCAUCGACGAGGUUCAGAGGAUGAACUGGGAAUCGCUGGAGCGAGAGAUCGCCACGUGGAUCAAAGCCUUCAAGCAGUGCGCCACCGUGUACUUUCCCGGCGAGAAAACCCUAGCCGAUCGAGUCUUCUCCGCCGAGUUUCCUUCCAUCUCCGCCAGCCUCUUCAGCAACCUCACCCGCGGGAUUCUCAUCCAGCUUCUCAAUUUCGUCGAGGGCAUCGCCAUGACCAAACGCUCCGCCGAGAAACUGUUCAAGUUCCUCGACAUCUACGAGACCUUGCGAGACACGGUUCCUGCCAUGGACGGUUUGUUUCAGGACGAGUGCGAGAAUGAGCUCAAAACAGAGACCAACACCGCUCGGAGCCGCCUCGGCGAGGCGGCGAUAUUCAUAUUCUGUGAUCUCGAGAACUCAAUCAAGGCCGAUACAGCGAAAACUCCGGUUCCUGGUGGUGCAGUUCAUCCAUUGACUCGCUACACGAUGAAUUACCUAAAGUACGCGUGCGAGUACAAGGAAACGUUGGAGCAAGUAUUCAAUGAACAUUCUAAGAUCGAACAAAUCGACUCGACAAAUCGUCCUCCUUUCGAAGAAUGCAGCCAUACACAACAGCAACAACAACAACAACAUGGUUUCAUGAACAGUAUGGACAAUGAGAAUGAAAACCAAACACCCUUUGCUGUGCAAUUGAUGACUGUGAUGGAUUUGUUGGACACCAAUCUAGAAGGGAAGGCCAAGCUGUACAAAGACGUUGCAUUGAGCAAUAUCUUCAUGAUGAACAAUGGACGCUAUAUCUUGCAGAAGAUCAAAGGGUCAGCAGAGAUCUACUCGGUGAUGGGUGACACGUGGUGCCGAAAGCGGUCGUCGGAUCUAAGGCAGUACCACAAGAAUUACCAGAGAGAGACGUGGAAUAAGCUACUGGGUUGUCUAAACCACGAGGGUUUGAACCCUGUCCAUGGGAAAGUGGCGAAGCCGGUUCUCAAAGAGAGGUUCAAGAGUUUCAACCAGAUGUUCGACGAGAUACACAGGACGCAGAGCUCGUGGGUGGUGAGUGACGAGCAGCUUCAGUCGGAGCUUCGGGUUUCGAUAUCGGCGGUGGUGAUACCGGCGUACAGGUCGUUCUUAGGGAGGUUCUCGCAGUUCUUGGACUCAGGGAGACAAACAGAGAAGUACAUAAAAUUCCAGCCUGAAGAUUUAGAGAACUACAUUGAUGAGCUAUUUGAUGGAAACCCCAUGUCCACGGCUAGAAGGAAACCAUAAAUAAUUGCAUGCAUGCAUGCAUGAAUUAAACCCCGUUUUGAACGUGAAAGGAAAUUAAGAAAAGUACUUGGAAAUAUUUUGGCUGAUACAAAUUACAUGGGUAACUCGGUUUGGCCGCUUUUUGAGUUUUUUUUCAUUCAUGUAAUUUUGUUUCUCUUCUUGCUUUUUUUUUUUUU